AUUUCUCUGUUUCAUCCUUCUGUUUCUUUGCCCGUUCUUUUUUUUCUUUUUUGGCAGGAAGGUUUCCGGGGUGGUUUCAGGGUUUUUCUUCGGACUUUUCCAUUGAAGGGCCUUUGGUUUUCCAAACUUUAGUUUAAAUUGGUUUUUUUUCCGGUUUUAGGGGGGUUUGAGGUUACCCGGGGGAGGGAGGAGAAUAGGGGGUUAUAUCGGUGGAACCGAUUAGAAUGAUAGUACCGUCGGAACUACAAGAUUUGCCCGAAACCAUUGCACCAGAGAGCAGCGCUGGUUCGAGUGUCGAUGGUGAUUCUGACAACCACUGUUCUUCAGCCUCUAGAGAUUCGUCUACCGAGGGGACACCCAGUGAAGUGGGGGAUGCUGAAGAAGGUGCUUUUAGUCCACCGACGACAAAUACAGAGGUGGACGCAGUUGUAUUCGAAGAAUGGGAGAAUAAGGUUAUUAGCGGGAGGUUGGAUAACCUUCGUAAAGCACCAAAGACUCUCCCUGCCGGUUUUAGGUUCAGGGCGGCAUUGCAUCAUGAAGUUGUAGAUAGCUCGGCCACGGUGAAGGGGUAUAAGAAGUUAAAGGAAAUGGUAAGGCAAUACCAAAUCCCAAGAACCAUUUUAAUCCAAGCUGGGACCCAAAAUGAGAGGGCGUGUAUAGUGUCUAGGAUGGGUUGGGUGCCAAUAUACAUAGACCAUUUUGAGGUCGGUCUACGUUUUCCUCUACCCGAGUUGAUUUUUGACGUUUUGGCAAAGUACAAGUUGGCCCUAAUGCAGUUGACCCCCAACAGCAUAAAGUUCAUUAUAGGAUUUAUGUUGUUGUGUGAGAGGUUAGAGAUACCUGUGAAGACGCUAGUUUUUAGGUUGCUCUUCUUGUGUUGCCUAUGCCCCUCCACAAGCGGAACGAGGUGGUAUUAUAUCUCCAGGAGGGAAAAGAUGAUGAUUUUUACAAACAUCAAAAAUAAAGUGGCAAGGUGGAAGAGGCAAUUCAUUUUUUUUGGUGACACGUGGACAGAGAAGAUGAAUAAUGAGCUCACCACCCGUGCUAAGGGUUUAGUAGAUUUAGAAGCCCUGGUUAUCCUGGAGCAGCUCGCAUUACUUGGGUUUGUUGAUGUGACAAACCUGUAUGCUGAAGGAGAAAUGAGUAGCAUACUAGAGAGACAACGUCAACGAGCACAAAAUUCCAAAAAUCGUGGGGCUGGGUUGGGCUCCCAAAGGCAGGCUCGAUUUGACGAGCGUCCACCUACUGCACCAUCUUGCAGCUCGUCUCAAAGGGAGCAAGGCUCGAGCUUAGUGUCCAGAUCUUGGGCUAAGAGGACGAGCUCGAGGGCUCAGCCUGUUUCAGCCGCUGCGACGCGGUCCACCAACAUGCCACCGGUGCCGGCACAUGAUGUUGCUGAACCAGCGCCUGCCUCAACAUCCGUAUCGGGGCCUAAGAUUGCAUACCCUGAGGGCUUCAAUUAUGUUAGAACUGACUACCAAGCCGCCAUGGUGCAGGGUAUGCAUAGUUUUGUGCCCCUUGCAGAUCGACAGCGUGCAAAAGGGCACGUUCAGCAACACGGGGGUCAUGCUGUCUUGCUGAAAUUGAUGGAUGUGUUCAGCUACACUAUAGCACUCUUUGAGUGCGAGCAGGAGGCACGUGGGCAGAACCGUGAGCUCCAGCAGAGCUGCAAACAACUGGCCUUUGAGAAGGCAAGCUUAGAGGAUGAGGAUGAGGCCGGUCAUGCUGAAGACCAGGCCAAGAGAGCUGAAUCUGACAAGGACAAGACUCUUUACGAGCUGAACUCCCUAAAAGAUAGGGUUGCAAAAGCCAACCAGAAUGUUGCUCGAGCUGAGGCAUCUUUAGAGAAGAUCAAGAAGCACCACCAGCACUCUAUUUGCAUUGCCCGGGCACAAGGGGCAGAGUGGUUGGUUGGAGCAGAUAUGUUCCAGGACGUAGUGGCGGUUGCCUCAGCAAACACCACCAUGGAUAUCUACAAUGAGAUUCGUGGGAAGGUGUUGCGACAUUGGGCUGACUUCCCAAUUGGCGAGCUGGCCUUCUUCGAGGGGGAGGAAAUGGACGAGCAAGGAAAAAGCCUUGCCCCUCCAUCUGAUGCUACCGUGAGGCUAAAGUGGGAGCUAAACGAAGGAGUGUUAGUGUGGCCUCCAUCAAUGGUGGAAAAGGGAGAGGAUACCAAGGGUCUACCAAGCUUUGAUGCUUGGGUAGCAGAGCCCCUUGAGGUGCAGGCUGAACCAUCGAGCACUCCCCCUUCCUUUCAACCUGUCGUUGCUCCAGCUCUCCUUUCCCCAGCUCAGUUUACUCAAGCUCGAUCAUCUCCUGCUCGACCUACUCCUGCGCCUACUGACGUGUCCAUCCCUGUCGAUCUGACGGAUGAUUAGUUUAGGAUUAUUUCUUUCCUUUUGUAUUUUUGUAUUGGUCGUUUGACCCAUUUGAACACUUAAAUGAUUAUCUCAUGUUCUUCAAUUGUACAACUUUUUAAUAGAAAUACAAAUUUGGAGAUUUUCUGAAAUUUCUGCCUUUAUUGAAUUGUGUACCUCUUUCACAUAUUCUGAAUACACUUUGUUAGUAAGA